AUGUCAGACACCUUCAACCCCACCGACUAUGCCACCUACCCAGGUUCCCAGGUUCCAAACGUGACUGGGAACUGGGAAGCUGAUUAUCUCAUGUUCCAAGCAACAGAGUCUCAGGCAGCAGGGGAGGGAGGUUCUACCGCUGUAUCUUCUGCUGCCGACGAUGGGGACGAGUUUGAGACCUACGAGGAUUUCGUUGAAGACGCUACAACUGCUAGCUCAUCAAAAGCAAAGAAGGCGAGAAGGUUGGAGCAACUCGGGAAGAAGAAAACUGAAGAUCUGCGAUCGAAACACCGCCGUGCCAGCUCGAAAGCCACAUUGGAGAAGAAAACGCUACUUGGCGAGAUUAACAGGCGCACUGGAGGGUCAAUCAAGCUCAACCAAGUAACAUCAGUCAAAGCUCUGCGUGACCAACUUGCUUGGCUGGAUAAUGCCGAAACGGAGCUGGCAGCGAGGGUAGGUGGUCUAUCUGUCGGAGACAGUAAUGCUACUUUCAGCCACCCACCGGGGAGCUCUUGGGUAGCAGAAUGGAGCUCUUAUCCUCCGCAAUGGUUCGACAACAACUCAAAUCAAGAGAGUGCUGAUCCACCUCCCGAAGAUGACAGACUGUAG